CACACACAAAGACACACACAGACAUACACAGCAGUCCCUGCCGCCAACAGAUGUGCACUCUCAUCACUCCACAGGCACAACAGUUACAUUAGCAUCUCCACCAGCAUACUGAGGGGGAAUCACAGAAAGAGAGAGAGGGAGAGAGAGGGGGUAGAGGUUGAGGAGCAGGGGUAAUCACCAUCAGUCAGAAAGAGAGAGCGAGAGAGAGAGUGGACAGUGAGAGCGAGAGAUGCUUUACAGAGGAACUGUGGAGCGAGCAAGAAUGUAACAGGCAGACAGAAGGAGGAGUGCAGGAGAGAGAGAGAGAGAGACACAGAGGAAAGCCGCUCUUUUUCUUUCCCCUUCCACACACUACUACACCUGCUCUCUCUCUCCGCCCCACCUUGCCCCAGACCCUCAAUAUUGGGCUGUUCCCUCACUCCCCUCCUCCCUCUCUGCCUCCUCCUGUCGUACACGCUAGCGCUUGUUUCGGGCUGGGAGUGUGGCGCACCUCUCUCUAAUCUCGGUUGGUUUUGUCUCUCACUGCUCUGCUGCUGCUCUCACCGGGGACUUGUCGUCGGGAAACGGGAAUACAAACAUGGGAGUGACAGGCAGAUUGACUGCGGACAUGAUGGGAAUGGUAGUGGGAUUGAGCGGGAACGCCACUGGAUUUUCCCAACAAUUCCCUCUCCCUCCCACCGACAUGCAGGAUUAACCAGGAACACCAGUUGGAUUCCCCCAGUUCCCAUCGGAGUAGACACCUGCUGGAGCACCUCAGCCUGUAUGACUACGACUGGAGAGAAGAAGAAGAGACAUAAAGAGAGAUGAGAGAAGAGGCUUAUGAGGCUUUCCAAGCCUCGGCCAAAAUGUGACAUUUAUUUGAGGAUUUUGAAAAAGGUCAAGACUAGAGAUUAUAAAAGAGGGGGGUAUUAGUAUAUGGCCCCCCCAACGGGAGUGGAUUUGAGAAUGGGCCCUGUUUGGCUCCUCUUGUUGCUGCUCACACCCCUUCUUUCAGCACAGGUUAGCAUAGUUUCUGAAUUGGUGACUACAGCCGAGUCAGAGGACCCAACGUCAUCCGUUGUGAGUGCUACAGGGGAGUCGGGCAUCCCCUACAGCCCUGAUCCCUCAGGGUCGGUCACGACCCCCUCGGAAGCCCCAGAGGAGGACUGGACGCCGGCAGAGGUCUUUCUCUACAGCGGGGACAACUCCGUCUUGGAGAUAGUGGAGUGCGACCGGGCGUACAGUCUCACGGGUCAGAACGGCCCCCUGCCGCGAGGGUUCUAUGGCCCCCUCCGACCGUCCAUGGAUGCCCUGGCCAACACGGCCAACUUCCUCAACAUGAUCCUCCAGGCCAGCGACCUGCGAGAGAGCAGUGUGCGAGAGGACAUGGAGUGGUACCACGCCAUGGUGCGCGCCCUUCUGGAGGCCGACCCCCUCAUCCGGCAGGCCCUCCUCACCUUUGACGCCGACCCAGCCUCCACCGCCCCCCAGCUCGUGCUCCGCGCCUCCCGGAACCCUGCCCCCCCCAGGUACCAGAACAUCCUCCUCCAGGACCUCUCUAGCCAAUGGGAAAGUCUGCACCUCCCGGCCCCCGCACCCGACGACACCUGGUUCAGCAGUUUCAAGUUUCCCGCCUCCUCAAACCAGCCCACCUCAGCCCUAUCUAAAAGAGUCCUCCUCAAUGACCUCAGCACCCUGGACACGCCCAAAUGGGUGCAGGGCGAUAGCUAUGUGACCAAUCGCAGCGGUGUGCGCUGGGCCAACGGGCCAUUCCUAGAGUGUGAGGACGGCCGCUUCCUGCCGGGCUGGCUGCUCACCCUAUCCACUUCCUUCUACGGCCUGAAGCCCGACCUCAGCCCUGAGUUCAGGGGUGUAAUCCGUGUGGAUGUAAACGUACAGGGCUUUGAUGUGAACCAGUGUGCCACGGGGGACGCUUGGUUUGCCAACACACACCAGUGCAACCGCACCACCAUGGAGUGUGAGCCAAUCACAGGCCAGGGAUUCAGAUUGGGCCAGUACUGCUGUCGCUGCAAAGAGGGAUACUACAGCCCCCCAAUGGACGAAGGUGGUGCUCUGAACGGCAGUGGUGGGGAGGGGGGUGGCGUGUGUUACCCGGCCCUGCCCAUCUGUCUCCCCUGUUGGCCGGGCUGCAGGCGCUGCGAGGACGGCACCCCCUGUUGGGUAGAGGAGGACUGGUUCCUCAGAGCCGGGGUGCUGGCCGUCCAGGGCUUCUUCAUGCUGCUGGUGUUCAUCAGCAUGCUGGUGGCCUACCAGUUCAGAUGCAGCAGGAGGAUUCGGGCAUCGGGUCUCCUGCUUUUGGAGACCAUCCUGUUUGGCUCUCUGCUCCUGUACUUCCCGGUUUUCAUCCUGUACUUCAAGCCCAGCCCCUUCCGAUGCAUCCUGCUUCGCUGGGUGCGACUUCUGGGCUUUGUCAUCGUCUAUGGAACGGUAACACUGAAGAUAUAUAGGGUUCUCAAGGUGUUCCUGUCGCGCACAGCCCAGAGAGUGCCCUACAUGUCCAGCAUACACCUGCUGAGGUUGCUGGGAGUCAUGGUUGUGACCGUCAGCUGGUUCCUGUGUGCGUGGACCGCGGGCGUUCUACAGAACCGUGACCGUAACGUUCCGUUACUGAUCAUAACGAACACGUCGGAUGGUCAGGGCUUCAGCCUCUGUGACCUAGACCGCUGGGACUACAUGAUGGCCGUGGCCGAGCUGAUGUUUCUGUGCUGGGGCAGUUUACUGUGCAGUGCUGUGAAGCCAGUGCCCUCAGCUUUCCACGAGCCUCGCUACAUAGGUAUCGCCAUACACAACGAGCUGCUGCUAUCCUCCAUGUUCCACCUGCUACGGUUUGUCAUGCCCUCUCUGCAUCCUGACUGGAUGCUGUUGCUGUUCUUCACCCAUACGCACGUUACUAUCACUGUGACACUUGCCCUGCUCUUCAUGCCCAAGUUCCUCCAUGUGUCGAGGGCAGGGAGAGAGGAGAUUGCAGAGGAGGUGUAUGAGGAUGAGGUGGACUUGCGGCGAUCCGGCUCGUACCUCAACAGCAGUUUUACCUCAGCAGUUUGGAGUGACCACAGCUUGGACCCCGAUGACAUUCGGGAUGAGCUGAAGAAAUUGUAUGGUCAAUUGGAGGUCCACAAGACCAAGAAGAUGACAGCAAACAACCCCCACCUGCAGAAGAAGCGCAUCUCUCGGCGCGGGCUGGGCCGGUCCAUCAUAAAGCGUAUCACUGAGAUCCCAGAGUCCAUGAGCCGACAGUGCAGCCGUGACGGCAAAGAGGUCAACCUGGGCAGCAGGGAUGUUACGCACGCCGAGUCCUGUAAGAGAGCGCCAGAUACUUUUAGCAUAAAUUACAAAGAUGAACCAGUAAAGCAGCCUUCACCGGUGCUGCGUAAAUCUCAAAGUGACUAUGACUAUGUAACCGAUAAAGACCCCUCCUUGCACGACACCAUGUUAAGGGCGAAUCUAGCUAAGAGAUGCUCACAGCGCUCUGAGACAGACUCGCUGGAUAUCGCACCAUUGGUCUGUAAGUCGGCCAGUGCCCAAAACCUUACAGUCGAUAACAAUCUCCUGCUUCCUGGACCUACAAAGCUACACAAGUCACUGAGUUUAGCGUCCAGUAAAGCCCACAGUCUGGAAGACACCUACCGGGUAGGCAGAAAUACUCCAGGCGAGCAAAGGCAGUCCCAACAGGAUAUCGCUAUCAAGGACCAGACCUCAAGUGCCCUUGUGCAAUCCCAGUCUUAUGACAAAGCCGAAGUGUGUCCCUGGGAGCUGGCGGAGGAACGCCCUGCCAAUAAGAACCAGCCACACGUUACCUUUGCUCCCUCUGAGGAAGAACCACAGAGCCCAGAGAGUAUAUCAUCACCAAUACUGAAACAUAUUUGCCCCUGGGACCAUUUACCAGUUCCUAACCCAGCAGAAAGUCCUGCUGGGGAUUCACAAGGGGGAGAGGCAGAUUGCGAGUCCCCGAGACCCCAGGCUCCCAUCUCCACUAGUGUACCUGGGUCCCCAAAGGCCGCAAACGACACGCGGGUCUUCUCCUUCCGCUCUUCCACCCAGAAAUGGCUCUCUGUCAAAUCUUUCGUAGGAUCUGUGGAUGCAAGCAUCAAGGAAAAGGCCAAAAAGGAGACAGCAGGAGAUACGGUAAAGAAACAGGACUCAAUAUCACGAAAGAGCCAAGGGAGUGUAGCCGCCAUCGCCGUCAUCGCUGCAUUAAAAUUAAAAACUCCAAGCACUUCAGGCGCAGAAGCGAAAUCGCAAAGUGUUUCAAACUUGGAGAAGAAAUGUGGUGUUUCAAGCAUAGACAAGAGGACACAGCAAAAAAGAAGUAUGACAACAGGAGAUGUGAAACCUGUCCUCGUGAAACAGGCUGCAAUCAGACUGUCCUCAAGUGAUUCCUCUGAAAGAAGUCCUAGGAGAAUAGUGGUUGUACAGUCCACUGUCUAUCCCUGGGACUCAGAGGACAUGCAAAAGGACAGUGUGUAUGAAAACGUGUUCAUCUCAAGGGAAAACACUGCACAUCGCACAGCUAAGACUCCUUCCACUCACAGAAGAGGUAGCCAAAUUAGGCCUGCUCUGAGUUUUUCCCAAUCAGAGAUUUGCCCAUGGGAUGUUCCUGCUUCCUCCCAGCAGGCCCCACAGAGACAACAGAGCACCACAGCAGACAUUUGCCCGUGGGAGGUGGAGGAACCAGAGGAGGAUCCAAAGGCGCCUGCACGUGUCAGUGUAUGUCCUUGGGAAUCAGAAGAAGUAUUUAAAAGACAGGAGAGUGUCCUGGGAGAUGUAUGCCCUUGGGAAGCUGAUGUUUCCGCCAUCCCAAUUACCUCAGCGUCCAAACAGUCUGAGAAGACACCAGAGGGUCUGAACAGGAAAGCAACAGAUGUAUGUCCUUGGGAAACUGAUGAAACCCCACAGAUUUCUCACGGCCUGAAACCCCAAAAGAGUGUACGGGUUGAUGUCUGCCCUUGGGAUGUGGGGGAUUCCUUCCCUGAAAAAGUAAAGGUGCCGAUUAUUUAUGAAAAUGUUAAUCCACAGGAGGACAAGGGAUUACGUAAUGUGCCACCAAAAUGUCAGGAGACAAUACAUGCCAAUGUCUGUCCAUGGGAAUCUGAAGAGACACCAAAAUCCCAAGACAGUGAACGGGAGAAUGUCUGUCCUUGGGAACCAACAGACACGGCAAGCAUGGGGAAACAAGAUGUACAAACAAAAAGCACAGAGCAAGCUAAAUCUGCAUCUGAAAAACUAAGUGUCCCCUUAGCAAAAGCAUGUCCAUGGGAAUUCCCUGACCCACAGAAAGAUUUGACAGUACUUUGUCCUUGGGAAGAGGAGAGUACAAUGCCACCCAUAACCAUAAAGAUCACCAAAAGAUCAUUUUCCCAGGAGACCACUGUGGCAAAAACAGACAUUUGUCCAUGGGACAUUGGUGACCAAGAAAAGACAGAUGGAAAAGACAGCCCUUGUACAAAUGUUUGUCCUUGGGAAACUCAAGGCAGAACUCAAGCUGAUCCAAAAAAGACUGACAGCAUCCAAGUAAAUAUUUGUCCUUGGGAGACUGAGAAACCAGAGAAAACAGAGCAGCAAGACAGCAGUCCGGCUAUUGUCUCCAUAGAAACAGGAAAGACUAAAAGACAAGACAGCCUUCUAGCAGAUGUUUGUCCUUGGGAAACUGGGGCAAAUGAUGAGCCAGACAAGACAAAAAGACGAGAUGGCACUCAAACGGACGUUGGUCCAUGGGAAACUGAGGAGCCAAAAAAGACAGAGGAGAAAGAUGGUGUCAAAGUUGAUGUUUGUCCUUGGGAACCUGGAGAGACAGACAAGACAAAUGGACAAGACAGUACUGAAGCAGAUAUCUCCAAGGAAACACAAAAAGAGAAAAGACGAGACAGUGUUCGAGUUAAUAUUUGUCCUUGGGAAACUGAUGUCCCCGAAGAACCAGAAAAGAUGAAAAAGCAAGACAGUGUUCGGGCAGAUGUUUGUGUAUGGGAAACUGGUCCAGCUGAAGAGUCAGAAAAUACUCAAAUCCAGGACAGCACCAAGGCAGACAUUUGUCCAUGGGAGACCAGGGAUCCUAUAGAACCAGAGAAGAUAAAAAAGCAAGAAAGUGUCCGAGAAGAGGAGAGUACAAUGCCACCCAUAACCAUAAAGAUCACCAAAAGAUCAUUUUCCCAGGAGACCACUGUGGCAAAAACAGACAUUUGUCCAUGGGACAUUGGUGACCAAGAAAAGACAGAUGGAGUAUCAUGGGAAACUGAUGAACCAGAAAAGUCUGCAGAGAAAGAGGAAACUAUCCUUGCCAGUGGCAGACAGGACGUCACAGAGACCCAGGGUGCACUCUCUAUGGAACAGGGCGACGCUGCAGAACCUGCAGCCGGCAGCACGCAGGGGGCAGAGGCAGCCAAAGCUAACGUGCCCCUGGCUCGGUGUGAUGCUAUGUGCCCUUGGGAGAUGGAAGAGACCAAACCACCAUCAUCCCCCUCAUCCAUCACAGAACACGACAAUAACUCGGACAUUUUUACAUGGGAUCCUGAAAACAUUCCCGAAGAGGAAGAGGAGGAAGACGAUGCCGAAAGUGCUGCAGAAGCCUUCGUCUUCCCAUCUGACUUGUAAAUGCCAGACCUGUCAGUUACUGGCUGGAACAAGAAUGUCUCAGUGGGUUGUUACACCUGAUUCACUGACUGGGUCACUGUGCAAAGAUGUCCUAUAGCGGGGGGGGGGGUAAUGAAUCGGACAGGACCUCUGCACACUUGAAUGUAGCAAAGGCCCCUGGACUGUCCAUCCAUAACACUCCCCAGAAAGACAUUGCUCCACAAGCAAUACACCCCUGGGCCAGGAUCUGCAAAUGCUCUGCCCACCAGAGGUACACCCCCCCCCCCCCCCCCCCCCACCCCCUCCCAGGUUCUCAAUCAGAGAAAGUAUCUGGAUGCAGUCCCUCUUCUUCUUUCCACUUUGACCCAAUUUUAGAUAAUGAAUAUUGUUUUCUGUGUCUCUUUGUGUGUUUAUAAGUGACAAUGCGCUCUUCUGUAAUCACACAGUUAAAACCCCAUCGCCAUGGCUGUAAAAGGUUGACAACGCGUUUAAAAAAAUAACAGCCCGAGCCUUACGAAGCUGGCGAUAACUCCUUAUAGACACACAGGGAAAUAAUCUACACCAGACCAGUGCUCCUUCAGCUUAACUGGGAAGCACAUCCAGCAUUUUUGGGAAUCACUGAUUACAAUGGUGGUGAUGCAUGUCCUUUUUGUUGCCUGCUAUAAACACAUUCCAAACACUUUAAGGACAGCUUUCCAGCUGUAAUAUAAAUCUGUGCUUUUUUCAAAGUCAAUUGUGUCAAUUAGACAGUCGUGGCUACAAGGACAUCAAAUUUAAUGUCAGUUCUGUAGAUCAACAACAUGAUCACGUCCCCGAACUUUAACAGAGAACUUAAAAUCGUUCUAAUUCAAUACUGAUUGAGCUAUAAUCUGUUAUUUUGAAUAAUUUACAAUAGCAAUUUUAUUAGCGGAAUAAUAAAUACAUAUUUUUAAAAAAACGUGUGUGCAUUUUGAGGAUGCACGACCCAAACUUUCUUCACAUUCUUUUUUUUAAGCAUACAACUCAACUUGGAAACAGUUGCCCUAAAAACAACUGCACCUCAGAAUAGUCCCAUUGAAACUGUACAUAAGGCCAUUGUCAUUGAUUUAUUCACCAUUUCCAUGCUUUAUUUACCAAAUGUAUCCAUCCAUAUUUGACACAUCUCCUCAUUCAGUGAAAAUGAAAAUGUUGUGCAGUGGUGAGAUCGUCUUCAUGCUUUGCCUCGUGUUAUCCGCAAUGGACCACCUUCGUUUUGUGAGUGUUUUUUUUUAUGCAUGUAAGGUGUUUUUUGAACGGGUGUGCUAUGUCUUUUUGUUAAAUAGAAUCAAAUACCAUCAUCAUUACACAAUGAAUCCUUUUUGUAUGCAUGUUGAAAAGUAUUUCUGUUGAUUUCAGUUAUUUUUGUAUGUAUUGCCGAUGAAAAGUACAGAUUAUUCUGAUAUAAAAUGUACAUUCACUGAAAUCCAAAAAGUUAUGAAAAAAAGGGAGGUGACAUUUUAUUUUUGUAUUUUUUAAAUUAACAUGUAAUAUAUGCACCAUUGAAAUAAACCAUACAAUCUCUA